AUGUCAAACUUCACUUCAACAAACAGUGAAGGCUCGGUGGCAUCUGUCUAUGACAGUUAUGGCGAGAAGCUGUUGUUAGCUGCCUUGUACGGUCUCAUUUCAUUCGCCGGUGUGAUCGGCAACAGCGCCGUCGUGCUUGCCCCGAUCCUCUCCCGCAAACCACGCACCACAACCAACGUGUUUGUGAUCAACCUGGCCGUGGCGGACCUCCUCAUCUGUAUGAGCCUGCCUAUCACGCUCCUGGCGGUGCUGAGCGAAAGCAAGGAAAAGCUACUUAUUCCACCGCCUCUAUGUGCUUUCCAGGGCUUUCUAUUCGUCGUUUGCAUCGGGUGCAGUAUGAACAGCAUCGCGUCAAUUGCCAUCUACCGCACACUGAUCACUCUUCGGACGAACCAAAGCCGUCGGAAAUGGCUGUUCAACCGUCGCGGCCUGGCUGCUAUGGUUGCUAUAAAUUGGCUGCUCCCUUCAAGUGCCAGUUUAAUGCCCAUUGUAUCUGAGGCCGGUUCGUAUGAAUACGACACUAAAAUUAGUACCUGUUCCAUUAACCCGAGCUCCAAAGGCUUCAAAACAUUUGCCAAACUCAUUACAGCCUGCUACCCAUUGCAGUUGGUUGUCAUUUUCGCCAGCAGUGUCUUCAUCGUAUUUUCUGUAAGGAAACACAUCAGAAGAGUAAACUCCAUUCGACAGCAGCAAAUAGCUGUUGUCGGUGCAGUCAUGAAGCUGAACGCACAGCCGGCUACGCAUGGUGAUGGUCAAAGAUCAGCCCAGCCGAUUCAAAAUCGUCUCCUCACUCGAGAAGAAGAGGAGGGGUCUGAUGCUUAUGGGCACGAGGUGAAACCCGCUACCAGGGCAAUUUAUACGCCUCUAAUAGACAUGGAUCCUGCUGAUCCCGACACAAUGCUGACAGCGAUGGAGGAGGGCCAGCGUCUUACACAGGAAUGCGGCCAGACAGUUACAGUCUUCACGACUGACCAGCAGCUAUACAAAUUGGCUGUUAACGUCAUGUGGGCAUAUCCUGAACGGUUCUCACAAUUCAUACCAAGGCUAGGAGAGCUUGACAACAAGCUGUGGGUUGAGAAUCUUGUGAAACCUGUGCUCCUCAUGAUGAUAUUUGUCCGUGCGGAACGAGAGGGUGACUGGCCGUUGCAUCUUUGGGCUGUAAACGAAAUGAUCCCAUACUUCUUCGCCGCCGGACAUCACAACUAUGCAAGAUAUGGCUUGUACUACCUCCGAUCGAUGGAGAGGCUACAGGGUGAAGUUCUGGAAAUGUUCAUGAAGCGAGAAAAUGUGAUGCGUCACAAGAAAGGACUGUGGAAUGGCAUUUGA